AGAAACGAGAGUGCAUUUCCUGUGAUUUGAACAUGUGUCCAAAGAUAAAUAUUAGUCUUUAAAAAAGUACACUACUGCAUGUAACUAUGUUAUAUGACAGUGGUUUGGAUGAAGAUGACAUUGAGACCUUGCCAGAUACUCUAAACAAGUCAGAGAAACAUGAAAAAUGCAACAUGCUGAAAAUGAAUGUAAAUGGUAAAAACAUGAUGAAUGGUGUGAAAGAUGAAUUUAUUUAUGACUUAAAUGAUCAUGAAGAAAAUGAAGAAUUGAAGGGAAAUACAGAGAAAGGACCAAGCAAGAGGAAAUUGAUAUCAUUAUUAGAACCUGAUAAUAUUCACAAAAGAUUGAAGAAAUCUAAAAAACUGAACUCAAGACUUGAAAGACUGUUAAAGAUUAAAAAUAGAAGGAACGUUAUUCCCUCAGAUCCCAAACUAUCUCCCUUAUAUACUGAAAAAGAAAUGAAAUGGACAUCAUUUGAAGACGAUAAGGAUAUUAAAAGUCACGAAAAUGAUUUAGACACUAACAGUACCCAUGCACACUCAGUGAUUAGACGUGUUCAUAUAAAAAGUGAAUCUAUGGAAUAUUGUACUGAAUGUAAGAAAUUGUGUAAGAAAUGUGCAUGUACUGUUCAAAAAUCAGAUGUAGCAAAAUGUCACAAUCAGAUUAAUGAUAUGAAAAUAAAUGUUGUUUCUCUUUCUGUGAAUUCUACAUUGAAUAGCAUUCCUACAGAAGAUAGAAUAGUGGCUAUGGAUUGUGAAUUUGUUGGAGUCCAUCCUAAAAAUAAGAGUGCUCUAGGAAGGUGUUCAGUUGUAGAUUUCUAUGGAAAUGUAUUAUAUGACAAGUUUGUUAAGCCAGAUGAACCCAUAUUUAGUUACCGUACACAGUGGAGUGGUAUAAGAAAAAAGAAUUUAAAGAAUGCUAUUCCGUUUGCUACAGCUCAUCAGCAGAUAUGGAAUUUACUUUUGGGUAAGAUUAUUGUUGGCCAUGCAUUGUUUAAUGAUUUUAAAGUGAUGAAGAUACAGUAUACAGGAAAGCAUGUGAGAGAUACAGCAAGCUAUAAACCACUGAGAGCUUUGGCCAACUUAUCAGAGAAUACUGCACCAAAACUCAAAAAUCUUAGUCAAAUAUUAUUAGGGAGAACAAUUCAGACGAAAGAACAUUGCUCUGUUGAAGACAGUAUGGCUACUCUGGAUUUAUAUAAGUUAGUAAGUACUGAAUGGGAAAAGUCAAUCCUGGACAAAGAAAUAAGACGUCAAACUAACGAUAACAAAGAUAUCCUUGACAACAAGGAAGAGGAAACAUGUGACAACAACUGUGAUUCUAAGUCGUAUCUUAGUGAUGAAUUCUGGCCUCAGUAUUUAUUUCCGUCAAACUAAAAAUGAUAUGAAAUUUAGAAUAAAGCAUUAUUUAUUA